AACUUUGAGGCUGCCAAACACUGCUUUUUGCCUGAAGUAGAGAAGCAAAUACUUUUGCAAGUUCUAAGGGAUACAUAUGGUGCAGUAUAACUAACUAGAAUUUCCAAGCUGCGCUCAACUCUUUCCUGCCACCGGAGGAGAAGAAGGCCCUUAUAGACCAGCUUCGCGAAGCCUACAGCUUCAUUGACUACAAAGUCCCCUCGCUACCCACAUCUUCCCCCCCAACGACCCGGUCUCCAACGCCCCCACUCAAGCCGAGCAUCACCUUCGGCACUUGGGCGGACCGAUCCUAGAGGGCGUUCUGUGAUGUUUGGUUCACGGAGAAGUGUGACUUUCACUUCAUUUUGUUGAUUUAUGUAUGUGUACUGGAUAAUAGUGAUGAUAUCCAUUACUAUGAAAUUUGUUACUGAUUUUGUUGUGUACUGAGGUUUACAAAAUUGAACAGUUUUCCAGAUAAAGAAAUGUAAUGCACUUGUGCUAGUAUGCACAAAUAUACAAACACACCUAUACCUGCACAUACACACCCACACCCACACCCACACCCACACUCACACUCCCACACUUCCACACUCUCACACUCACUCCCACUCCUACUCCCACUCCCACAACCACAUUCACACCCACACUCACACACUCCCACUCCUACUCCUACUCCUACUCCUACUCUUACUCUUACUCUUACUCCCACACCCAUACCUACACCCAUACCCACACCAACACCCACACCCACACUCACACCCACACCCACAUUCACCUAUAACUAUGAUACAUAGUAUAUACACAUUAUUAACAUCUCAGGGCCUGUUCUUUUGGGAACUUGAAAAUUUUUAAAAGCUAAUCAUAAUUAAUUCAUAAACUUUGACUAACUCGUUAAAAAGAAAGACCGUUUUCUUCAGGCCAGUGAUUUAAAAUAAAAAGGGAAACACUUUAUCAUUAUAAUGCAACACGUUCAUAAAAAAGAAAAAAAUACAGGGAGACUUAGCGUCUUAAAUGGAUGAGAGUGUAUGCAAAAACAUAGUAUAUAUAUAUGUGCAUGAAAAGGGAAUAAGCCACAAUAAUUCUUAUUUUGGCUGUUUUCAUUUUCAUCUUUUGUGUACACGUUUACUGUGUUUGUGUUUGUGUUCAUAUAUGUGCAUGUUUGUACAUACAUACAUACAUACAUACAUACAUACAUGCAUGCAUGCAUGCAUGCAUGCAUGCAUACAUGCAUACCUACAUACAUACAUACAUACAUACAUACAUACAUACAUACAUACAUACAUACAUACAUACAUACAUACAUACAUACAUAUACAUACAUACAUACAUACAUGCAUACAUACAAUAUUCAUGUAUGCAUGGAUGCAUUAUAUAUAUAUGAUUUAUGAAUAGAUAAUGUAUUGUAAUAGAAGUUGUAGGAUUGUAGCCAGCAUGUCCACAAUAUUUAAAAUUACAUUUGAAAUAAAUCAGAAUUGACACUGCUAAAAUGUCAGUAGGCUAGAAUGCUAUUUGUAUGAAAGCGUAUAAUAAUGAAAUAUUAUAUAAAGAAAAUAUUUUGUUGUUUUUAUUUUAGAUGCUCUUCACGACCUUCUAUGUCCUUUCUGGUGCAUAAUAUAAUGAAUGUUCAUAAAUGUUUGUGAUAUAGGUAAUCCAUCCAGCUAUGUAUGUACCAAAAGGAAAAAACAUUUUAUCAGUAAUUUCUACUCCAAAAAAUCUCUAAACAUUUUUAUAUGUCAAUUAUUUUCUUCACUGGAGCUGAUCUUCAGUGCCUGUAAAUGAAAAUUAAUAAUUGUACAAAGCAAGAUUUGUAAUUGGUACAUUUUUAUAUGUCUGAAUUAUGUAUUAUCUUAAGAAGAUUUAACUGAAAUGUGUCGGUUACAUCUCUCCUCUGUGAAGCUAUUCAUUCUCAUUUAUAACUUUGCUAUGUGCGAAAAUAAAUUUGUUGAUUUUUAGAGAGAGAGCGAGAGAGAGAAAAAAAUGUGUAUAGUUUAUUACAUAUAAUGAUAACAGUUUAUAGUGAAAGCCUUUCACAAAAUAUAAUAUGACUGAUAUAUAAAUGUAAAGUAUUUUUGUAUGUCAUCCAUUCCAUGUAAUUUUACAGACUUUUUGAAAAGGAAUAUAUAUAAAAUGGUGGUUUGGAGUAUGAAAGGUUAUCAGCUGCAUAACCAUUAUGAAAUUUUGUUUUUAUCAUACUUGUUUCUUUUUUAAAUGACUAUUGUUAGACCAUUUCUGUAAUUAUAAUAAAUUUAGCAUUCUUG